AUGCUUGGAAUUUCGGAGCAGGUGCGGGAACUACGGGAGCGGCUGGCCAAGCAGCCGCAAGCGCAUCAAGUGGUGGAAGAGGCGGUGGCAAAGGUGGAAUGUGACACCCAGCAGCGCCGCCACAGCCAGCAGCUGCAGUGGGAAGCCAAGCAACAGGAGAUGAACCAAAAGUUGGAGGCUGCCGAGGCUCGAUUGGCGUUUCUGGAGGAGCAAAAGGCGCAGUGCUUAAAGGAGCUGUUGAAAUGGCGGAGGCGAAUGGCCCUACUGCGCAUAGGUCGAGCUGGGAGUAGCUGGAAACUGCAACGUCGGAAUGAGUUGGAGCAACAGCAGUUGGAUUUCCAGCUCUUGCGCCUGCGAAAGCGGCUGUCCCGGAAACAGGGACAUCUCGAUGAAGAGGUUGCUUUGAAAGCCAUGGGGCUGAAGAAAGAAUUGGACAAGGAGGCUGCUUCCAAUGACCUUCGGCAAGAAGAACGGCAAGAGGAGUUGGAACAGCUGGAGGAGGAGGUGGAUGCGCUGAAGGAGCGAACUGCCAAGGCCAAAGAGCUGCUGAGGCAGCACACGCAACUGAACCAAGCCCUAGGUAUUUGUCCUGCACGCUCGGCGUCGCAGCGAAUUCGUCGGCUUUCGGAGGCCGGGAGCCAGCUGGACGUGGUGAACGACGAACGAACCACGGCCAAUUGA